UGGGGCGCCGGAAGUGUUGCCGCUGGUGGGAGCCGUCUCCCGGUCUGAGGUCUGCCCAAGCAGCACCCCUGGCGAGUCCCGACGCGAAGCUACUGUCCGGCCGUGGCAGUUCGGGAGCGUCCCGCCUGCGGCACGCGCAACCCCCGAGGCCUGGGCGAGGUGGUGUAAAGGUUUCAGAGCUGCUGAUUCUGGAGGCUGGAAAGCAGAAGGGGCUUCCUCCUGGCUCCCUUUUUCUUCUCUCAGAUCUGGCUUCUGGAGACUUCACCCGUCCUCAGGGGGAACUGCCCAGAAGGAGGACAUGGCUGCUGAACAGAGAGAAGCAGGGUCUCAGCGCAGCAGUUAUUACCCCCAUUUUACACAUGAGGAAACUGAGGCUCAAAGAAGUCAAGUGACCUGAAAUCAAACCCAGGUGUCAGUGACGUUCGAAGAUGUGGCUGUGCUCUUUACGCGGGAUGAGUGGAGAAAGCUGGCUCCUUCUCAGAGAAACUUGUACCAAGAUGUGAUGCUGGAGAACUAUAGCAACUUAGUCUCAUUGGGACUCCCAUUUUCCAAACCCAAAGUGAUCUCCCUGUUGCAGCAAGGGAAAGAUCCCUGGAAGAUAGAGAAAGAAAGCCCUGGUGGCUCCUCUCUAGGAUGUAAGAGCAGUCCUAAAACCACAAAGUCAACUCAAACUCAAGACUCAUCAUUUUGGGGGCUAAUAAGAAAGAGACUCAAAAAGAAUGAACCCUGGAACUUCAUGUCAGAAAAAUCCUGCAUAUAUGAAGACAAAAUAAAGAAACAGAAGGAUAAAAAUGAAAGUUUACAAAUAAUUUCAGUCACCCAUAAAAAAAUCCUCACUGUAGAAAAAAGCCAUGAAAAUGACUUCAGCCAUAAUAUCAGCCUGAAAUCAGUGUUUGUUAAGCAACAGAGGAUUCCUAGAGAAAAAACACCCUCAAAAUAUGAAGUACAAAGAAAUGGCUUCAGGCAGGAUUCAAAUUUACUUAACCAACCAAAAAUGAAGACAGCAGAAAAACGCUAUAAAUGUAACACAUGUGAAAAAGCCUUCAUUCACAAUUCAUCCCUUCGUAAACAUCUGAAAAACCAUACUGGAGAGAAACUAUUUAAAUGUAAAGAAUGUUUGAAAGCGUUCAGCCAAAGUUCAGCUCUUAUUCAACAUCAAAGAACUCAUACUGGAGAGAAACCCUAUAUAUGUAAAGAAUGUGGGAAAGCCUUCAGUCAUAGUGCAUCCCUUUGUAAACACCUAAGAACACAUACUGUGGAAAAAUGCUAUAGAUGUAAAGAAUGCGGUAAAUCCUUCAGCAGAAGGUCUGCCCUUUUUAUACAUCAAAAAACUCACGCUCAAGAAAAUCCCCACAAAUAUAACCCAGGGAGGAAGGCAUCCAGUUGUAGCACAUCCCUUUCUGGAUGUCAGAGAAUUCAUCUCAGAAAGAAGUCCUAUUUAUGUAAUGAAUGUGGCAACACCUUUAAGUCUAGUUCAUCCCUUCGUUACCACCAGAGAAUUCACACUGGAGAGAAACCUUUUAAAUGUAGUGAAUGUGGGAGAGCCUUCAGUCAGAGUGCAUCUCUUAUUCAACAUGAAAGAAUUCACACUGGAGAGAAGCCUUAUAGAUGUAAUGAAUGUGGAAAAGGUUUCACUUCUAUUUCACGACUUAAUAGACACCGAAUAAUUCAUACUGGAGAGAAAUUGUAUAAUUGUAAUGAAUGUGGUAAAGCCUUAAGUUCCCACUCAACACUCAUUAUUCAUGAGCGAAUUCAUACUGGAGAGAAACCAUGUAAAUGUAAAGUAUGUGGGAAAGCCUUCAGACAAAGUUCAGCUCUGAUUCAACAUCAGAGAAUGCACACUGGAGAAAGACCCUAUAAAUGUAGUGAGUGUGGGAAAACAUUCAGAUGUAACUCAUCCCUUAGUAAUCAUCAGAGAAUUCACACAGGAGAGAAACCAUAUCGGUGUCUGGAGUGUGGGAUAUCCUUUGGCCAAAGUGCAGCUCUUAUUCAACAUCAAAGGAUUCAUACAGGAGAAAAACCCUUUUCGUGUAAUACAUGUGGGAAAACUUUUAGGCAGAGCUCAUCACUUAUUGCACAUCAAAGAAUUCAUACUGGAGAGAAACCCUAUGAAUGUAAUGCAUGUGGGAAACUCUUCAGCCAGAGGUCGUCCCUUACUAACCAUCAUAAAAUUCACAUUGAAGAGGACCCCUUCAAAGUAGAUUUGCAUGUGUGAAGUCCUUAAACCAAAGUUCAUUAGAAUAUAGUUGGCCCUGCAUAUCUGUGGGCUCUACAUCCACUGAUUGAAAUAACUGCAAAUUUUAAAUAUUCAGGAAAAAAUUCCAGAAAUUUCCAAAAGGCAAAAUUUGAAUUUCCCAAAUGCCAGCAACUAUUUUCAUAGCAUUUACAUUGUAUUAGGUAUUACAAGUAAUUUACAGGUGAUUUAAAGUGUAUGAGAGGAUGUGCAUAGCUUAUAUGCAAAUUCUACACCAUUUUAUAUAAGGGACUUGAUCAUCCUCAGAUUUCGGUAUCUGGAGAGUACUGGAAUCAGUCCCCCAUGGAUACUGAGGGACAACUAUAUGCAUACUUGAGAAUGACUUAGUAAAUGUGCUGAAUUUAAUAAAACUUCUAUUUUAAUUUAGUCCUCAUUAGUUAUUAAAUUCUAAGGAUAAACCUUGACUGUGUAAUAAAUACAUGGAACACUCAUACCUGUCAGUCACUUUAAAAUAUCCUGAGACAAAUAAAUGACAGUUGCAGAUAUUGAUUUUGGCCAUUUGUAAGAUAAGAGAUUAGAUUUUUAUGUCCCUUUAUACAGCAUUGUACACUAUAUGCAACAUGUAAACAGAAAAAUCUGGGUGCAGGGGUGCUGGAUUUCUCAUUAGAAAGAUACCAAUUGUAUAAGUUAAUAGCAUAUUUAUUACAACUAACAUUUUAAUAGCAAACAAAAUCUUAAAAUGUAUGCAUUUUUUAGAGCAAAGGACCAAAUGACAGAUGAAAAUAAACUGCAAACUACCUCAGUCUCUGGAACUUGCCUUUUUCUAAGCUGUUGUCAAACGUUGUGUGUGGUUUUCAUCAAAAAAGAGCCAAAAAAACCCACAAAACCUCUGUUCUCCUCUUCCUUUAUUUUUCUAGUUACUUCCAAGCUAUACCUAAUAAUUUUCCAAGUUUUUUACACAAUUUCUAAUUUUGUUUUCAGAAUUAUUUUUCUUUGUUGUAUUGAAAUCAUAUUUAUUAUAUAACUGUACUCACUGUGUUCUGUACAGCAUGCUAAUUUAAGUAGAAAAAUAUAGUUUGAUUAGGCAAUCAUUUUAAAGCUAAAGCUAUUACUUAUUUAUUUUUUUAGUUUGCUGCAGAAGAAAUCCUAAAAACCUAUCACCUGUGGCAAAGUCUUAAAAAGGAAUCUGUUUUAGAAAUGCAUGUUUUCCCCACUUGAGUUUUUCUAGUUUUUAAAAAUCUCAAACUCCAAAGUGAAAUAAACAAAGGGAAAGAAUUCUAACUCUUUAAAAAACCAGUUUACUCAGUAAAUGUUUGUUUAACCCCACGCAUGAGCCAGGUAUUAUCCCAUGCAAACAGCCCUUCAAGAAUUUGUGAGUUGAGGGGCAAAAGGAUGGGGUUGAAGGGAAUAACAAAUGAGUAUGCAAAUUACCAUGUGUUAGAGUAGUUUUUACAGAGAAGUAGAUGUUACAAUGAUACUAUGUUACAGAACACAAAUGCUGUAGAUAUUUGUGCAGGAUGCAGAAAGAAGGAAUGGACCUAAUCAAGGGAGCCUGAAAGGACCAGGGACAGUGAUGCCUGAGUCCAUAUUUGGAAGAAUAAUAGGAAUUCUCCAGAGAGUGAGAUGCAUGCUUUGAGGAGAGGGAGCCACAUAAGCAAAGGUAGAGGUGGGUGACAGCAUGACACGUUUGUGGAAUAUCUGUUAAGUGGGGAGAAUGAACCUUGAAAAAACGUUGAACCUUGGGAAAAAAGGCAGAGCCAAAGGUCUUACCAUCCUAAAGAACUUGAAUUUGAUUCUGAAAUUUAUAGAACCAAUGGCAGAUUUUGUAUAAGGGAAAUUGUUCUGACAAUAAGAUGUAGAGACUGAAUUUAGGAGGUUGAAGACAGCUGAACAAACAAGCCUAGAAGACCAGAGCCAGAAGACUAGAAUUCAGAGUAAUUAAAAUACGCAGUUGGUAGUGAAAUCCAUGGUAUGUGAAUUUGGCCAGCAGAGUGUACAGAUUAGAAUGAGAAUCAGGGAUCAUGGAUAAACCCUACAAAAACCUCAAUAAAUAGAUAAGGAGUUGGAGGAAAAGGAAUUUAACAAAGAUGAAAAGGAAUGGCCCUAGAGGUAGGAGAAAAGCCAAGCCAGAAGAGUGAUGUUACUGAGCCCAAAGGAGAACUGAAUGCAGUGUCAGGUGGCACAGAUCAAAUAAUGGAGAGUAAAUUGGGAUUGGUAGCUAGAACAUUGGAGACCUUGGCAAGAGCAAUUUAUGUUAAUUAGGGUGAACAACAGCCACAUUAUUCUAGGUUAGAUGGAAGAUGAGAACUAGUGAGCUGUUUUACACUAUGCUUCAAAAAGUUUAAAAGAAGGGAAGAAAAGAGGGUUGUAUUCAGAAGGCAGAAAAUGACUUAGCAUUUCUGUGUUCAUAAUUGAGGCAAUGAUGUAUACACAUGUUGAGGGUGAACUAAUGAGAUCAUUGGGUGAAACAUAUUUUCUGAAAUACUGUGAAAGAAUUAGCGCACGGGUGGAAGAAUUUACCUUAGGCUGGAGGGAAAAGCCUACAGAAAGGAAUGCAGAUAAAUUUCUGUUUGAUUUGGAGGUGAAGAAAUGUGUAUCUGCUGACCUUAUUUUCUGUAAAGCUGGAGAAAGAUUUCACUUUUUAAGAUGUUGACUGUAGUAGCAAUAUUUGGAUCUUUGGUUGUUUUAAAAUGUUAAUGAGUUUCAUUCUGCUUUGGAGAUAUUUUAGGAAGUCGUGUCUCUGAGUUCACUCUACUCUUGUUUCAGUAAGAAAGCUCCGCUUUUAUUAGUUCUAUAUGUUUGAUAUAUAUUACUUUUUUUUAAGAAAAGAAUUUGCUGGUAAAUUAAAGUUUAAAAAGUACUUAGAAAGGAUAACAAAGAAUGCUUUAAAAGAGUGAUAAGCCUGAACAGAGACUGGAAAGAAUUGUUGGAGUUCAACAAGUGUGUGAAGGUAGGUGGAAACAUUCACAUAGGGGAAAAGUUUGUGCAAUGGCAAGGAAGCAUAAGAGGGCGUGAUAUCCUCACUGUACUAUUGCAAGUAGUAUUUUUUAAACUUCCUUUUCCAAGUAUUUGUUACUAGUACACAGAAAUACAAUUGAUUUUUAUAUAUUGACCUUAUAUCCAGUAACCUUGCUAAAUUGGACUUUUUCUAAUAGUGUGUUUAUAGAUUCUUUGGAAUUUUCUGCAAACACAAUGAUCAUUUGUAAAUAAUGGCCAUUUUAUUUUUCUCUUCUAGUUGUAAUACAUUUAAAAUUUUCUUAUAGUACUGUAUAGCACAGACCAGUACAAUACUGAAUAUGAAUGAUAGCAUUCAUUUAUCACCAUUUAAUAAUGUUACCUUUAAUUUGUGGAUAUCUGUUAUCAGAAUAGAAACAUACCCCUGUAUUCCCAGUGUGCUGUGAGUGUUUAUCAUAAAUGGGAGUAGUAUUUUGUUGUAUUUAUUUUCUGCAUUAAGUGAAAUAAUCAUAUUGUUUUCCUCUUCACACUUUUAAUAGAUAAUUAUAUUGACUGAAUUUUUAUGCUAACUAAUGUUGCAUUCCUGAAAUAAAUUCUACUUGGUCAUGAUAUAUCAUCAUUUAUGUUUAUGUGUUUAUAAGAUCAGGUUUCUUCCUUAAUAAGUAGAAGUCUGAUGAAGUGACCAAGUCUGUGUUCUAAGAACUCAGAGCAGAAUUUGUUAUCAUCCAAAUCUGAAGGAUGCAUGGAAUCAUAAUACCUAGAGAGAGGAAGGGGAUGGCAAGGACAAGCUUACCUCUGGACCAAAAGGCCCAGAAGGAAAGUGUAUACAGCAACUGUAGAGACCAGUAGGAAAACUAAUCUUGCUGAUGUAGAGGAUUCCUGAUAGGACAAAAUAAUAAUAAUAAUAUUGGAAAUGAGAGCUAGAGUUACAUUAUCUGAAAUCUUAAAUGCUAUCUGAGAGUAUAAGAGUUUGGAUAGGAUCUUUAGAUAUUAAAUCAAUGUGUAUUUCUGAGCAGCAAAUGGUGAAUUUGAAACCUGUUUUAGGAAGAAUGUCUGAUGGGGCAGAAGGUUCAAAGAUGAUUUGACAGUUUCUGGCUUGAGAAACUGGCUGAAGGAUGGAUUCUUGGGAAGAGGAGUUUGGGAGAGUCUGUGAAAAAUGUGUAGUGAGAAGUUAAAAAAAAAUAAAACCCAACAACAAUAGAGGCAAUCUCUACUUUUGGUGCCUGACAAUUGUCCUGGUAUUUUGCCAAAUACCACAGAUGCUAAAACUCUUAAAGCUAACAAUGUUGUAUUUUUUUUAAUUAAGGUGCAGUAAUGCUUUUGAAAGGAGAACAUAUAAUUUCAGUUACUAUUGUAGGUCAGUAUGUUUCAGGUUAUAAAAACAGUUGUUUAAGCUAUACAACUUCCAAGAGCUAUUUUUGAAGUUUGUUUGUUGUUUUGUUUUUGUUUGUUUUGUUUUGUUUUGAGAGAUAACUUUCUAUAAGAGCAUUGGACAAUGAGUCAAGAGACCUGUAUGUUUUCCUGCCCCCAUUCUGUUUCAAGUUACAUAGUCUCUGUCCUUUUCAACCCUAGAAAUUCCAUUAUGUUUUUUCAUAUACUGCUUUAUGGUUCCUAAUGAUGUAGAUUAACUCAAAAUUUUAAAUGUUCAUCUUAUGUAUUUUGGGGGUAGAAAUAGCAUUAGUUAGUAACAAUAUUAGCAUAUAUUGUUGGAUAAAAAAAUCAAGUUAUAUAUUAUGAACUAAAAUUUUCAAUCUAAAAAUCAAAUUGUUCUGGGACAAUGGAGUAGGCAGAUAUAUACUUUUUGCUAUUUUCCCACUAAGUACAUCUAAAACCGAUGUACCUUAUGUAUAAAACAAUCAUAAGAAGAUUUUGAAAAAUGGAGAGAAGAGGAUAGGCCACCUAGGAACCUCAGGACGAGAGAAAUGAUAUGGUAAUUCUUUUUGCGUAAUAUAUCCCAAAUGUAGAGCUGAAUAAGCAGGAACCCAGAAACAGAAGAGACAUAGACACAAAAAAAUUCACAAAACCCCAACAAAGCCUACUUUCAUUAGCCAAAGGACCAGAAAACUCUUAGAUAAUAGCCACUCUACUCCAGCCAAACAACGUGGAAAAAAACUGGCCCCAUCACUUCACACACCAGUAAAGACUGAGUGGAAAGCCUAGACUUCCACUGUUACAGAACUGUAAAGAAGGGCCAUAAAACUCUGUUGGUGGUGUCAGAGAAGGCGAAGAGCUAGGACAUCCAUCCGUAUUGGGUGGUAAUAAACAACCUCUCUUCUCAGCAAAAAUAGCAAACACUACAUGGGAAACUUGGACAGCCCCCCCUUCCACUCAGUAGUAAGAAAGCAUCACAUCCUCUCCCUGCUGGGGUGGUGUCAGAGAAGGCCUAGUGCAGGGUCAGAACUUUUACCACUGCCCAACAGUGAUGAGGCCACAUUCCCACCCCACAACGCCAUUGGAGGCCAAAUGGGGGCAAACAAGGCACUCUUAUUUGUCUCAGCCAGAGUGAUAUCAGUGAAAGCUUAGUGAGGAACUAGAAAUCCCACCUCCAUCAGGCAGUAAAAAGGAGACCCUUAACUCCUUGGGUGUCUAGGGAGGCCAAAUGGGAAAGCUGAACUUCUACCCCACAUGGCCAUUAUGAGGUGGCACUUCCUCUACCCUUGCCAUAGCAGCAUCAAAGCAAGUCAGCUGCAGCAAAAGAUUCAAAUAAGAUCCAGAGUUUCAUAACACAAUACCCAAAUUUUCCAGAAUUCAACAAAAGACUUUCAUCAUACCAAGAACCAGGAAGAUCACUUGAAUGAAGAAGUUAGUAAACAUCAACAAUUAGGUGACAGAGAUGUUAGAAUAAUCUAACAAAGAUUUUUAUAGCAGCCAUCAUAAAAAUACUUUGAUGAGCAAUUUCAAAAAUGUUUGAAACAAAAAAUAGAGUCUUAUCAAAGAAAUUUAAGUCUCAGCAAGGAAGUAGAAAAGAUAAAGAAGAAACAAAUGGAAAUUUUAGAACUGAAAACAUGCAGUAACCUAAACUUUAAAAAUUCACUGUAUGGACUCAAGAGCAGAGCUGGUGGACAGAGAAUAUCUAUGAACUUAAAGAUAGAACAACAGAACUUAAUCUUUACAACAGAGAGAAGAAAGAAAGAGAAAGAGAGAAAGAAGGAAAGAAAGAAAAGAAAGAAAAAGAAAGAGAGAGAGAGAGAAAGAAAGGAAAGAAAGAAAAGAAAGAAAGAAAAAGAAAGAAAGAAAGAAAGAAAGAAAGAAAGAAAGAAAGAAAGAAAGAAAGAAAGAAAGAAAGAAAGAAAGAAAGAGGAAGGAAGGAAAAGAAAGGAAAGGAAAGAGAAAAAAGAACAAAAAAGAACGGAGCCUCAGGUACUUGUGGGACUGUAACAAAACAGCUAACAUUCAUGUCAUUACAGUUCAGAUGGGAGAAGAUAAAGAGUAUAGGCCUGCAAAAUCUGAAGUAGUAAUAGCUGAAAAUUCCCAAGUUUAGUAAGAGACAUAAAGCUACAGACUUAAAAAGCUGAAUAAACCCUUCAAAAGCAUUAAACCAGAGAAGUCCACACCAAAAUACUUCAUAGUUAAACUUCUGAAAACUGAAAUCAAAGAAAAAAUCUUGAAAGAGGUUAUAGAGAAAAUGACUCCUUAAUUAUGAAGGAAAGAAAACAACAACAACAAAUGAAAGCAAAUAUCUCAUCAGAAACCACAGAUGGGGUAUUCCUAGGUGGCCCAGUGGUUAAGAGUCUGCCUGCCAGGAAGAUCCCAUAUGCUGUGGAACAGCUAAGCCCAGGCGCCACAACUAUUGAGCCUGUGCUCUAGAGCCCAUCAGCCACAACUAUUGGGCCCGUGCACUUAGGGCCCAUGCUCUGCAACAAGCGAAGCCACUGCAGUGAGGAGCCCAUGCACCACAAUGAAGAGUAGCUCCCAAUUGCCGCAACUAGAGAAAGCCCAUGUGCAGCAACAAAGACCCAAUGCAGCCAAUAAAUAGAUAAAUAAAUAAGUAAAUAAAUAAAUAAAUUUAUGAAAGAAAGGAAGAAAAGAAAGGAAAGAGAAAGGAAGAAAGGAAACCACAAAGGGUUGAAAUAAAAGAACUGUGAACCCAGGGUAAUCACAUCAGCAAGAUGAUGGACUAGGAAGCUCCAGACCUUCAUUUUCCUACAGAGACUUGACUAAACAAGAUAUAGAUCAAAUUGCUUUUGUGAGAAUUACAGAAUGCAGUUAAGAGGCUGCAGCAGGCCAGGUGAGUGCAAAGCCAGUAAGAAAUGCAUUGGGUUGGAUAGUAAUAUUGGUGCCAUUUUACUCACUUUAGCUACUGCUCUUCCCCCCAGCACAGCAAGCCAUAUUAAGUCAAAAAUUCCCAACUCUUGGUUUCUCCCUCAGGAGGGAAAGAGAAAAAAAAAAUGGACUAUACAUCCUAUGGUCUGGCUUUUCAGGGUCUUGCCUGGGGAGCUGAUUUCUGUCUCACCUGGCUCAGAGCACUGACUGGAAUGGCAGUUUGGACAUGAGAUUGGGACUGCUGAGGACAAAGGGGACACUAUGGCUUGUUACAGCACCAGAGAGGCUGUAAUACCAGACAGAGACUAGGUGAAGCAAGACAUUACAGUCUUCCGAGAAGAAGCAGCAAACCCCUUUAACUUGGAAAUUACACCCACUAGUUCAGAGAAGAUGAGUCCCCAGAAAAGAUCUGAGACCUCCUCAGAAUCUCUAGCUAAACUGAUUGAUGACCAUGUUCCCCUGUCCAGUUCAUAAAGACUUGAAGAUAUGCAGUCAGUUCUUUAAAGACUGGGAGAGGGGACUAUUUUUUCAAAUAACCAAAUCUGAUAAAAAGUUACAGGCUACAAAGGAACAAGGAAACAUGUCCCAGUCAAAGGAAAAAACUAAAUCUCCAGAAAUCAACCCUAAAGAAACAGAGAUCCAUGAAUUGCCUGAAAAGUAAUUCAAAAUAACCUUAAAGAUGCUCAAUGAGCUAAAAGAGAACACAGACAGUCAAGUAAACAAUACUAGGAAAACGAGGACUUCCCUGGAUGUCCAGUGAUUGAGACUCUGCACUUCCAAUGCAGGGGAUGUGGGUUUGAUCCUUGGUUGGCAGACUGGGAUCCCACAUGCUGUGAAAAUGAGAAAAAAAAGAAAAAAGAAUAUUGGGAAAAUGAUACAUUAACAAAAUGAACAGAGAGAGAAAUGAUAUACGUAUUUUAAAAAGAGCCCAAUUCUGGAGAUAAAUAAUACAAUAACUGAAUUGAGGGUUUUGUUUGUUUGUUUUUGUGUCAGGUCUUAGUUGCAGCACUUGAGAUUUUUGUUGCAGCACGUGGGCUUUUUGUUGCGGUGUGAGGUCUUCUCUCUAGUUGUGGCACACAGGCUCUAGAAUGCUUAGGCUUAAUUGCUCCACAGCAUGUGACAUCUUAGUUCCCCAACCAGGGGUCGAACCUAUGUCCCCUUCAUUGGAAGGUGGAUUCUUAACCACUGGACCACCAAGGAAGUCCCUGAAUUGAGAUUUUUUAGUAGAGGAAGUCAACAGCAUACUUGAUCAAGUAGAGAAAGAACCAGCAAAUGACAACAGGUCAAUUAAAAUCAACAAGUUUAAGGAACAAAAAUUAAAAAGAAUAACGGGAAGUGAAAAGAACCUAAGGAGCUUGUGUCAUCAUCAAGAGUGCCAAUGUGUUAUAUGAGUCCCAUAAGAGGAGAGAGGGAAAGAGUCAGAGAGUCUAUGUGAUGAAAUAAUGGUCAAAAACUCUAAAUUUGAGUAAAGAAAUGGACAUACAAAUUCAGAAGGCUCAUCAAAUUCCAACUAGGAUUAACCCAAAUAGACCUACGUUGAGACACAUUAUAAUCAAACAUUCAAAAGCCUCAGACAAAGAAUCUUGAAUGAAGCAAGAGAAACAUGACUUCUUGGUAUAAGGGAGGACUGAGAGAUUAUCAGCAAAUUUCUCAGCAAAACCUUGGCAAGCCAGAAGGGAGUGAUGUGAUAUAUUCAAAGUGCUAAAAGAAAAAAGCUGUCAACCCAAAUGUUAUAUUCAGCAAAAUUAUACUUCAAAAAUGAAGGAGAAAGUAAGACUUUUGCAGAUAAAUAAAAGCUGUAUAUUAUAAUGUUUUGAUAACCUAAAACAAAACAAACAACUUUCUGGCUGAGGGGGUGACUACCCCUCCUAUGACUUGCCAGUUCUUAGAGAUGGCAAGCAAGUGAUGCAGCUGGGAGAGUGCUUUUGGUUUCCAGAGUCAUAUCUCCUCUCUCUGGCCUGUGUACCACAGGAGGCAAUAUUUCUCUGACUUAAUCAUCCCAGGGCCAGAUACAAGCAACUAGGGACAACCCCUUAAAGCCCAAUGCCUGCUGAAAUUAUUCAGACCAGCCAAUCCUACCUUGUCUGGUUUUAGUAUAGCCAUUCCAGCAAUUUUCAUUCCUCUUUGCAUGAAAUGUAUGUUUUCAUCCUUUUACUUUUAAUCUAUUUGUAUCUUUGUCUCCUAUGGAUAGUAUAUAAUUGAAUCUUGUUUUUUUUAUCUAGACUGAUGAUCUCUGCCUUUUUAUUGUGUUUUGUGUAAUCUACUCAUAUUUAAAGUAU